AUAUAAAUAAUAUCUCAAUAAUUUACAUACAUUAAAAUUCAGCAACAAACAAUAUUUAAAUAUGUGAGAAUAGUACGUUCUAUUAAUAAACAAUGUGUCAUUUGUGUGUGCUCAAUCAAGGAUUGGACAAAAUUGUAUAAAAUCAAGAAUUGAUAUUGGUAUUGUUUAAUGGAGGACAGAGAUUUUCCUAGAUGGCGACACAUUGAGCUUUUUGUUCUAGUAUAGUAUAUAUGGAAUGACGAGUAUGGCGACUAGUUCUAGUUGAUGUAAAGUUUACCUGUUGAUAAUCGAAUCGAAUUUGGCUUAAGAAAAAUUAUCGAAUUACCAUAGUUCUUACGAGUGUAACCAAACGAUGUACCAGAAUCUUAAAAGUACGAAAAUUAGGAAAGAAUUACUGUCAUAACUUAUACAUCUAGCAUAAGUUGCUGAACAAUGGUUUACAACAUUACAAAUACUCUGUGAAGGACCUGAUAGUGAAGAUUUUCAUUCACAAUAAAAAUGUAAUAUAAUUCUUGUGUUUACCCGCAUAAUUAGCUUCCACUAUUUUUUCUUUAAAAAAGUGUGUAUCAAAAAUUUCAUAUGAGAGAAUGGCAAUUCGUAUCACAUUAGAAUGUGGACACGCAUCAAUGUUACGUAUGCGGACCACUCCACAAGGAUACACUCAUGAUUGGGAAGUAUUUGUGCGGGGUAUAGAUAAUGCUGAUAUUCACCACUAUGUUGAAAAAGUGGUUUUUCAAUUACAUGAAACAUUUACAAAACCAAAGAGAAUCAUAAAAGAACCACCAUUUGUGAUAAAAGAAUCUGGUUAUGCUGGUUUUGAGAUUCCAAUUCAUAUUUAUUUAAAAAACAAGGAUGAAGGUAGCAAAAAAAUAGAAAUUUUAUAUGACCUUAAUUUACAAAAAAGUGGUCCUGCAAUUACUAGUGUUAUAAAGCAUACUGAAAUAAUUAAUAAUCCUUCAGAUGAUUUCAAAAGGAAAUUAUUAAAAGGUGGUGGUGUUCUCAUAUCUAAUUCUGAGAAUUCAGUUGAGAAAAGUGAAAGUAAAGCAUUAACUAUGGUUAACAAACCAAAAAUCAAUGGAAAUGAUACAAAAAAGCACAAAAAUAUAGAAUCAAAAACUUCUAAUUCUUUUGCUGAGCUAUUUGGAACUCCUUUAAAACCUACAAAAGUUAUUCAAGAUACUAAAAAACCUAUACAAUCAGAAAAAUCCUCAAGUUCUAAAUCAUUAAUUACCACUGAAAAGUCUGAUAAAGUGGAUAAAACAAAACUCAAAGAGAGCCCUCACAAAGAUAAUAAAAAAGAGAAAGUAGACGACAAAAAAGAUAAAAGAAUUAGAGAUCAAUCUAAAGAUAAAAUUCGUAAUAAAGAAAAAUCAAAAAGACCUCCAAGUCCUGGAAAUAAAAGUCAUUCUAGCCCUUCUAAUAAAAGACCUCUUUCACCUACAUCAAUCUCAUUAAAAAGACCUUCUAGUCCUUCUCUCCCUCCAGCAAAGAGACCGUCUUCUCCAAAAUUAAAAGAAAAAGAACUAAAAAAAACAGUUGACAAAGAUAAAGAUAAAUAUAAAGAAAAAGAUAAAAUAAAAGAUAAUGGUAAGAGUGUUACCGAUUCUUCUAAAAGUGAAAAAAAAAAGGACAAGAAAAAACAUAAAGAAGAUCGGGAUAGAGAACGAAAAGAUAAAUAUAAAGAAGGAGAACGAUCUUCUUCGAAAGAAACUAUGAAAAUAAUAGAAAAGAAAAAUGAUAAGUCAGACAAAUCGGAAAAAUCCGAGAAAGAAAAAAAUCAAGAAUAUAAAUCUACAAAAGAUGGAAGAAAAUCGCCGAGACCUCCGAAGGAGAGUGACAAACCAAAGGAUGAUAAGCUGCCAAAGAUAGAAAAAUCAGAGAAAAUGGAAAGAUCCGAUAAAACGAAGGACAGUAAAAGUGACAAGGAUAGGCAGAAACAUAAGCAUAAGAAAAGGGAUAAAAAAGAUAAACGAGAUAGUAGUAAAGAUAGGGAUAAAAAAGAAAAACGUGAUAGGAUAAAAUCUUCAACAGAGAAGCAAAAUAAUGUGCCUAAUGUUUCAGUAGCUAAUCCUCUUUCAACUCUAUUGGCAGAAAUGCCGGAAAGGGAUAGUAGCGAUUCAGCGCCAUCCGUAGAUGAUGAUUCUUUUACCGAAUCAAAAUUGUCAGUGCCUGUCAUUAAGAAAGAAGUAGAAAAUAUAACAGUGUCUACACCGCCAACCGAUAUGGCGAAAGCUCUUUCACCCACAAUCCCGCCAGAUAUUAAAAAAGAAAAAAUAGAUCGAAGUAAAAGGGAGAGACCUAAAGGAAGCAAAGGGGAGGAGAAGGAUACCCGAAAGAGAAAACGAAGGAGUGAUAGUAAAGGCGAUGACGAACAUGUAGUUAAAAGAGAAAAGGAUAGAGGUCAAUCAUCGUCACCCCCUUUAGAACCUGUUUCUUCGAGUCAAUCACCCGUUGUGGUAGAUCAGGAAACUGUUCAUAUGAAAGAUAAAGAGGAUCGUGGUGUCAUAGAACAAAUUGUUGAAAAAAAUAUCGAAGCAGAAGUGGAACAAGUGGCACCUGAUUCCACGAAUAGUACUUUGGUUGAUUCAGAUAUGGGGGAACCACCAGUGUUUUCGGAAGAUUAUGUGUCUCAAUUAAAAGACUUGCAACAAAAAAUAAUGACUUUACAAGAUAAUCAAGAAUUACAAAGAGUUGUUCAAGUAAUUGCAGAAACUGGUCAAUACGAGAUUACGAAGAAAACAUUUGACUUUGAUUUGUGUGCUCUGGACCGUAGAACGGUACAGCGUCUCCAACAAUUCUUCGCAUCGUGACCAUCUGCUUAAAUCAUGACAUCGUUUAUUAUAUACAUUGUUAUUCUAUGUAUAUUAA